AUGACCACAAAUACUCCAUCAGAGCCAGCUCCAUCAGAAGCACCACCAAACCCAUCCCACACAUACGAUCGCAACACACCCGAUCAGCAAGAAAUCACCGCAAUCCUCGCCAAAUUCAACAAAGAUCCCCUCGCUCUAAGCGUCAUCUCCCUGGGCAAAGAUGGCGUUUUACGGAAUCUAUCGGCGGAUCGCGCCGUUCUCGAUGCUGUUGGACUGGGCCCGCGGCUGGUGAAAGCGUUCUUGGACCACGUCCCUCCGGACUACCGCGCGCUCACGCCAGAACUUGAGGAUGCUGAUGGGUCGAAAGCGACUUAUGAGGAAAUGUGGCACCCGGAUCCAGGGCUACUGCCGCGACCUAUGGGUGAGGAGCAGAAGAAGAGGGCGUUGGCGAGUUUAGAGAAGAAUUAG